GGCCAGCGGGGCAGCCGGCUCGCCUUCCGCCUCGAGGUGCACACCGCCGGCUACGUGGGCUUCGGCUUCUCGCCCACCGGGGCCAUGGCCGCGGCCGACAUCGUCGUGGGCGGGGUGGCCCACGGACGGCCCUACCUCCAGGACUAUUUUACAAAUGCAAAUAGAGAGUUGAAAAAAGAUGCUCAGCAAGAUUACCACCUCGAAUACGCCAUGGAAAAUAGUACACACACAAUAAUCGAAUUUACCAGAGAACUGCAUACAUGUGACAUAAAUGACAAGACUAUAACGGACAGCACUGUGAGAGUGAUCUGGGCCUACCACCAUGAAGAUGUGGGAGAAGCCGGUCCCAAGUACCAUGACUCCAAUCGGGGAACCAAGAGUCUCCGGUUAUUGAAUCCUGAGAAAACCAAUGUGUUGUCUACAGCCUUACCAUACUUUGACCUAGUAAAUCGGGACGUCCCCAUCCCAAAAAAAGGUACAACAUAUUGGUGCCAAAUGUUUAAGAUUCCUGUGUUCCGGGAGAAGCAUCAUGUGAUAAAGGUUGAGCCAGUGAUACAGAGAGGCCACGAGAGUCUGGUCCACCACAUCCUGCUCUAUCAGUGCAGCAGCAGCUUCAACGACAGCGUCGUGGACUCUGGCCAUGAGUGCUACCAUCCCAACAUGCCCGACGCCUUCCUCACCUGCGAGACUGUGGUUUUCGCCUGGGCCAUUGGUGGAGAGGGAUUUUCCUAUCCAGCUCACGUUGGAUUAUCCCUCGGCACUCCGUUAGAUCCGCUGUAUGUGCUCCUGGAAGUCCAUUAUGACAAUCCGACAUAUGAGGAAGGCUUAAUAGAUAAUUCUGGACUGAGGUUGUUUCAUACAACGGAUAUAAGGAGAUACGAUGCCGGGGUGAUCGAGGCUGGCCUCUGGGUGAGCCUCUUCCAUACUAUCCCUCCAGGGAUGCCUGAGUUCCGGUCUGAGGGUCACUGCACUCUGGAAUGCCUGGAAGAGGCUCUGGGAGCGGAAAAGCCCAGUGGGAUCCACGUGUUCGCGGUCCUUCUCCACGCACACCUGGCUGGCAGAGGCAUCAGGCUCCGUCAUUUUCGCAAAGGGGAUGAGAUGAAAUUACUCGCUUAUGAUGAUGAUUUCGACUUCAAUUUCCAGGAGUUUCAGUAUCUCAAAGAAGAACAAACGAUCUUACCAGGAGAUAACCUAAUUACCGAGUGUCGCUACAACACAAAAGAUAGAGCCGGGAUGACUUGGGGAGGACUAAGCACCAGGAGUGAAAUGUGUCUCUCAUACCUUCUUUAUUACCCAAGAAUUAAUCUUACUCGAUGUGCAAGUAUUCCAGACAUUAUGGAGCAACUUCAAUUUAUUGGUGUUAAGGAGAUCUACAGACCAGUCACGACCUGGCCUUUCAUUAUCAAAAGCCCCAAGCAAUAUAAAAACCUUUCUUUCAUGGAUGCAAUGAACAAAUUUAAGUGGACUAAAAAGGAAGGUCUCUCCUUCAACAAGCUUGUCCUCAGCCUCCCAGUGAAUGUGAGAUGUUCCAAGACAGACAAUGCAGAGUGGUCGAUUCAAGGGAUGACUGCACUACCUCCAGAUAUAGCAAGGCCGUACAAAGCAGAACCUUUGGUGUGCAGACCGUCGUCUUCCUCUCCUCUGCACAGAGAUCGCUCCCGCAAGUUGCUUGUGUGUGUUAUGCUACUCGGCAGCAUGCUGAGCACCAGGUGCUUGUGAUCAGAAUUCUGCUGUACUUGGUGACAGUGUUUUCUGUGAUCUGAACCUGUCAUUGAGAGUAUGGGCUAAAGACGGUGUUCACAGUGGGCGUGGAGAGAUGGGCCCGAAGAGCGUGGAGACUUCCCCCCACGGUCUCUUCCUUCCCCCCACGGUCUCUUCCUUCCCCCCACGGUCUCUUCCUUCCCUCCUCUCUUUUUCCCAGUCUACCUGAGAGGUACCAAUCCCUUUCUCUUCUUUGCCUCAGAAAUGUCUAAUGUUACGUUCAGACGGCCAAUAAAAUAAAACUGGCCUAACUUAACCUUUUUAAAAAUUUGAACGGUCAAAUGGAAAUUUUAAAAAUUCUUUUUUUCUCCCACAUUCCAUUUUAUUUAUAUACUCAUUUGUUACUAUUCCAUUUUUUGUCUUGACUUCUAUAUUUCGUUUAAAAACUGCUUUUAUCUUAAAAAUAUGAAAGGAACUUCUCUCCAUUCCAGUUUCCUUCCUCUUUAUUGUUCCUUGGGUGUGACCUUCCAAGUGUCCCAACAGUGCUUCCUGUCUUUAUCCACUUCUGGUCUUUUCUGUGAAGUCCGCACGGGCCCCUUACCUCAGUGCUUUUUGCUGAUGCGCACUCUAGGCCCCUACGUUAUCUGAGCCUGUUGUACGCUCAGGUCCCCUCCCACCCAUCUCAAGUCACUUUUUCCCUCUUCCCUGCUCAGUACUGGCCAGCUAAUUUUUUCUUGAGCUCUGUCACUUUCUGCAAAGAAAGAGGCAAUGGGCAUCAUAGAAAUGGGAUGUAACUGCCUGUAGGAUGUGGAGAAAAUGCUGUUGUCUGUAAACCCUGUGCUGUGAGGGGUCUUUUGUGAGGUUCCAGGUCAAAGUCAGACAGUGUGAGCCGGUACAGGAGGGUAUAAGGUCUGUGUGUUUCCUCACUGACUGUGUUGGGUGUCACACUUACGGCACACUGGCUCAGUUUGAGUCACACUUGCUAUUGUAGAUUUAUUUUUAUAUCAGUUAAUAAACUAACUUUCCAUAUAAAAUGGCCACCAAUUGAAAAUCUUGUUCUUCUUCUGGUUCUCUUUGUAUAGUUCAGCCAAAUCUUGUUUUAUGUCCUGUCCUCAUUUCUAAAGGUAAAACUCUUUGGAUCAAAUAAAUAAACUAAAUAAAAUCAAAUUUUUGUGUGGUAUCUUGUACACACCUUAAGAAAAGCAAGUGAUUUUUUUACUGAUGUUGUCUGUAAAACCAAUUACGAAUGUUGCAUUUUUUAUUACAUUUUUAAGCCCUUUCUGCCUCAUAAACAAUGUCUUCAACAUAAACUUUAUUGCCUUUUAAAUAAAUAUUAUGUUUUGGAGUA